CAAAUUAAACCUUUGCAUAAUGGAACUUUUCAAUAUCCCAUAUCUUAGUUACUAUCUUGUGUUGAUUGCCAUCACAACAUUGUUUUUCUACACUAAGCUCAAAAGAUCCAAUGGCAAAGCUGCACCGGAAGCAGGUGGUGCAUGGCCAAUUAUCGGUCACCUCCCGUUGCUAGGGAAACCUGUGGCCGCUCAUGUAACGUUGGGAGCCUUGGCUGAUAAACUUGGACCGGCCUUCAUGAUCCGGUUAGGUGUUCAUCCGGCCUUGGUGGUGAGUUCACGAGAAGUAGCUAAGGAAAUAUUCACCACCAACGACAUGGCCGUUUCAUCACGGUCCAAAAUGGCAGCAGCGGAACACAUGGGAUACAAUUAUGCCAUGUUUGGGUUCUCUCCUUAUGGACAGUAUUGGCGUGAAAUGCGUAAGAUAACAAUGUUAGAGGUGUUAUCGAACCAUAGGAUUGAUCAGUUGAAAAAAGUUUUUGUAUCCGAAAUAGAAGGUUCGAUAAAAGAUCUAUACAAGUUUUGGGUUAAGGAAAAGGAUGGUGAAUCGGGUUUAGCUGCCGUUGAGAUGAAGAAACGGUUCUUGGACUUGACGUUGAACGUUAUUCUUAGGACCGUUGCUGGGAAGAGGUAUUCAGGUGUCGGUAAAGAAGAGCAACAAGUGGUGUCACGUUACCGUAAGGCCUUGAGGGAUUUUUUUUACUUGUCGGGCAUAUUUGUGAUAGGCGAUGCCAUUCCUUUCCUUCGAAAGUUUGAUUUGGGGGGAUACGAGAAAUGGAUGAAGAAAACAGCACAAGAGUUGGAUGAUAUCGCCGAGGGAUGGUUGAAUGAUCAUAGGAGGGAAGGAUAUUGGGAUGAAAGUAAAAAGGAGAAGGAUUUCAUGGAUGUUAUGAACUCUGUUCUUAAAGGUGCUGACCUUGCUGGUUACGAUGCCGAUACCAUAAACAAAGCCACUUCUUUGCAAAUGAUUUUAGCUGGAAGUGACACGACAACAGUUACGUUAAUCUGGGCACUUUCAUUGUUGCUAAACAAACCUCAUCUACUCAAAAAGGCUCAAGAGGAAUUAGACAUACAUGUAAGCAAGGACAGGUUCGUGCAAGAAUCAGACAUAAGUAAAUUAGUCUUCAUCCAAGCCACAAUUAAAGAGACAUUGAGAAUGUAUCCUCCAGCACCAUUAUCAGCACCGCGUGAACUCAAUGAAAGUUGUACCAUUGGUGGCUUCGAAAUCCCCAAAGGCACUCGGCUAAUCAUCAACCUACAUAAGAUCCAAAGAGACCCUAAAGUAUGGUCUGAACCGUCAGAAUUCAUGCCAGAGAGGUUUCUUACGACAUACAAAGAUGUUGAUGUUAGGGGUCAACAUUUUGAACUGAUGCCCUUUGGUAGUGGGAGGAGAAGUUGCCCUGGAACAUCUUUUGCACUUCAAAUGUUGCAUUUGACGUUGUCGAAUUUCUUACAUGCAUUCGAGUUUUCGACACCGGACAAAGGCUUGAUUGACUUGACUGGCACUGUUGGCUUGACCGACAUGAAAUCUACACCGCUCGAAACAGUCAUCUCACCACGCCUUACCCCUGAACUUUAUAUAUACUAGGGAAGAUAGAUAAAAUAAAGGGUGAAUUAGGAUUUUAUACCUUUAUUGUGUUUACUACGUUGAUUUUUGUUAUUUGUUAAACGCACCUUUUCCUUUUAUUUCUCGCACA